UAGUCUCGCCAUGCUAUGGACUCCAAACCAACAUGGCAGGUAUCUCGGAAGAAUACUACUCCCGGUAAGAUUGAAAACUCUAACGAAGACAUGAAUAAUUAUCGCUCAGGUGGAAGUGGUGGCGGUGGUGGUGGUGGAGGAGGUGGAGGAGGAGGCGGAGGAGGAAAUGGUGGCAGUAAUGGUGGCGGUGGCAGUGGCGGCAGUGGUGGAGGAAGGUACAAUGAUGGUGGCCGAGGAUACGGAGGGAGCGGUGGCACCAGACAAAGAAAGCCUUUGCCCACCGAACCUCCGUUCACAGCAUUCAUUGGCAAUCUGCCCCAGGGAGUUGUACAAGGGGAUAUUGAUAUCAUAUUUAAAAAUCAAAAAGUCCGAUCCGUAAGACUGGUACAUGAUAUGGAAACUGGGAAAUUCAAAGGUUUCUGUUAUGUCGAAUUUGAAGAUUCAGCAAGUUUAGAAGAUGCACUAAACUAUGAUGGAGCUCUGUUUAUCGAUAAGCACAUUAGAGUCGAUAUUGCAGAGUCUAGACGUGGUGAUCGCGGAGGUGGAUUUGACAGAGGUGGCCGUGGGGGAAGAGGUGGUCGAGGAGGGCGUAGUGGCGGAGAUAUGAAUGAUUUCCGCGGCAGAAGAGAUGGCCCAGAUGACUUUAAUCGAUACAGAAGAGAUGAUGAAAGAGGUGGUAGAGGAGGCCGAGGUAGUUUUGGAGGCUCAGGCGGUGGUGGGGGGUCCGGGGGUAGAUAUGGUGGGUUUGAUGACCGAGAACGUGGUGGGUUUGGAGGUAGACCGCGAGGUGGGCCACCAGGUGGUGGUGCUGUUGCUGGUGCUGGUGCUGGUGGUGGUGGAGGUAGACCUGAGGGUGGUUUCAUGAGAAGAGAUCGACGAGAUAGUGAUAGGUCUAGAAAUUAUGAGGACUUUAAGGAACCUGACCCAGAAGAGCUCUCUCAGAGACCUAGGCUCAAAUUGUUGCCUAGAACUAAAAAAGAUCCAGUUAAUCAGAUUGCCGAGACUUCACAGACAAAUAGCAUAUUUGGUGGAGCUAAACCUCGUGAGGAAAAAGUGGGAGAUGAACCACCAAAGAAUUAAGUAUAGUCUGUAGCAGACUGUUGACAUGAGGCACAUCGGACCUGCAUAUUUUGGUUUAAGCUUGUAUUUCUGCACUCCGCCGUCUUUUUGAGGACCAUAACCCUAAAAUGACACUGGGCCCCUUAACCUUCAGCAUUGCAUCAUUAUUAGAAUACGGGGCUACUGCUUAAAUUUUUUUAUCAUUAUUUUUAUUAUUUUUCUCUUUUUCAUGAAACUCUGUAUGGGAAAGCAAGAAUUGCAAAGGGUACACAGGUGAAAAAAAAGCUGGCUUAAACUUGAUGGCAGUACUAGAACUGCUCAGUUCACUCGAAAGAGGUGUCAUGCAUGAGUGGACCUGUCUGGCAGCAAGGAGCUGGCCCAUUCAUUUGAUUUUUGUGAAGUGAAUAUGAAGUUAAAAUUUUAAGGCAUCUCCUGGAUAUCGCUUUAUGAUAAGACUUUCUUUUCCUUUUUUUCCUAGUAUUUUGUUUUGUGUUGUGAUGGAAUGUGUGUGCGAUCUGUUAAAUAGUUUUCACAAAGUUAUGAAAUGCAAAAAACUUUCUCAGACUGGCUGCCUAUGGUGUUGGUAAAUUCCCAAGUGAGGGGAGUGAUGUAGGCCUGUGGUAGCCUGAGAGACGCUUGCGUAUGAAGCCCGCCAUCUAUUCUGAUUUUUAGCCCCUCUGCAUAUACUAUAUACUGUAUGAUGAAGUGUGCUACUUGCCACCGUGUUGGAAGAAUUGGUUAUUUAGCAGUUAUGCCUUUAGAAUUAUUAGUGUUGAAUGAACUGCACGGUGGCUUGUUGUACCUUUUUAACUAAGACAAACACAUCUCACAGUUAGAACCAAACAUUCGGGCAUAUACUUGCUCUUUACCAGGGCAUUCCCCUCAAUAUAUAAGGUUACUGCUGCGAGUCGUUGGCGUAGGAUGAACUUUCACGUGACAAGUCAUGGUGUGUCAUCUGAUGCAGUUUGUUGCGUGAAAAUUAAGCCUGACCGUUCAUGAUGACUCCUACCUUUUUAACAGUGGAAUCUUCUAUGGUAAACUGUAAACAUGGCUGUUGAGGUAUCAGAUCCACGUUUGUGUUUAAACUUGAGUGUUUAGAAUUUUUGUAACCUGUAAAUUUCUCCAUAAGAAUCAGAGAUAAAAUGUAAAGCUUGUAUGUGGAUAUUUUCUUUUUUAAUAUAAACUUGAUCUUCUGUGAGUCUGUUCAUAAUGUUCAGAUCACAAUAAAGUUAAGUAAUUUCUA